AUGCUUCAUCAUGCCAAACUGGACAAGUGUUUCUGGGCCGAAGCAGCGAUGACGGCCAUCUACGUCAAGAAUCGACUGCCGUCACCUAAAGUCGUGCACAAGACCCCGUUUGAGAUCGUCUACAACUUGAAACCAAGCGUCAAGCACAUGCGAACAUUCGGGUGUCAGACAUACAUACUGACGCCUAAAGAGAAUCGACUCAAGUGGGAUCCAAAGGCUCGCGCUGGCAUAUUCGUGGUCUACGAAGAAGUUUCGAAGGCAUAUCGUGUUUAUGACAUCGAGGCGGGGCAGGUGGUUAUCAGCCGCGAUGUCAACUUCGAAGAGUCCACCUUUGGACUUCAACUGCCGAUCACUGAUGAAGAUGUCGAUGACCUGGACUUCGAAUUGCUGGAUCUUGAUGACGAAGAGCUGCGUCAAAUGGAGUACAAGCAAACAGGCAAGCGCAAGAACCGACUCAAUGAUGAAGAUACAGCACCUCCACGACCGCGUGCAGUGCGUCAACGACCAGGACUAGAAGAGUCAAGCGCGCCGGAAAACAACUCGUCACGACAAGAAGAAGACGAAGAAACGAAGGAUUCUGGUGAUUCAACACCGCCUGUGUUUUGGCGUGCGAGUGCAAAUGCCGUUGAAGCAGCAGUGAACUUAUCAGAGCCCUCAACAUUUGAAGCAGCACCAAGCUUCCCAACGGACAACGCGCCAUUGGCACAAAAAUGGGUGUUCAAGAUCAAGCGCAAGGCGGAUGGGUCAAUCGAGAAGUACAAGGCACGACUUGUGGCCAAGGGUUUCCGCCAAAAGUAUGGCAUCGACUACACGGAGACGUUUUCGCCGGUAGUCAACUUUCCUAUACGGAGAAAUGAAGAGCAGGUAUUCUGCGCGAUCCCAGAAGGGAUCGAGGUUGAUGAAGACUUUGACUGCUUUGAACUGGUCAAGGCGAUCUACGGACUAAAACAAGCAUCGCGUGUAUGGAACGAGACUUUCCAUGAGUUCGUCUGCUCCACUGGAUUUCAAGUAUCCGAUUUUGACCCGUGUCUUUAUCUCAAGAUUACAAGUGGCGAGUGCGUGCUUUUGCUGGUAUACGUCAAUGAUGUGCUGGUGACUGGCAGUUCGACCGAACUGAUUAUGCGCACCAAGAGUGACUUAAAGGCGCGUUUCGAAAUGACUGACAGCGGCAAGUGCGCAUUCGUGUUGGGCAUCGAGCUGGUGGACCACGACAACGGUAGCGUGACGAUGUGCCAGCGACGCUACGUGGAAGAUCACCGCAGCAAUGAAGUUCUCCACAUCAGCGCCAAGCUCAGCAGUAUCGGUGCCAAGAUGGAGGAUGAGGACGCGGCGAUCUGCUUGUUGUGCAGCCUCCCCAAGAGCUACGAGAAUGUCGUGCUGAACUUGGAGAUGAGCAGCGUGGAACUGCGGACGCAAGACGCCGUGAAAGAGCUGACGAGUGAGUACAUCAAAAGACAAGGAAACAAGGAAACAAGACGACGUCGGUGA